UGGACGAAAUUGAGUGUUCAGCGUAAGCGCUUUCACUGAAUGGGGAAAACCCCCACAUGCACACUGAGUAGCGAGGAAGAGUGACAAGUCACGUUACUGACUUCCUACCGUGCAGACCACAGAAAUCACAAUUUGGAAUUCUUUAAAAUCUUUGAAAACAUUUUGGGGGGAUGAAGCGGUAAAGAGAAGAGUUGAAAUCUUGCGUCGAGAUUUCGUGUCGUAAGAGACGCGCGCAUUCCAGAACAAGAUCCGCGAGUUUUUUCUCUCUCAAACCGUCAUAUCACAAUAAAAGGGAUGUGUUCCGUUUGACAAUUUAAUGGCAAGUGGGAUCAUUUAGGUUUUUUUGAACGACAAACACGUUUUAACAGUGAACAACUAGACUGACUGCUUUAAUUGAAAGAGGAGAUGGAGCGACCUCAUCUCUCCAAAUCAGAGCGCAAGAAUAUGGAUACUUGCUUGAGACGAUUGAAGCAGGAAUUGCUGUCUAUGAAGGAGGCAGGUGAUGGCCUCCAUGUGCAGAUGAACUCCAUGAUGGGGGCUCUUCAGGAACUCAAGCUCCUCCAGGUCCACACAGCGUUGGAGCAGCUAGACGUCUCAGGCCGUCCUGUCCCAGGGGCCCCGGCCCCCCCGCCCCCUCCCCCAGCGGCAGCACCCAUCUGUGGCCCCCUCCCCGGCCUCCUGGCCCCCAGGCCUCCUCUGGUCCGGACUACAAGCAGAGAGUCCCAGAGCCAGAGCCAGAGGCAGAGCCAGAGCUGGGCUGACCAACACAGGAGCAGUCUGGACACUUCUCCCUCCUCCUCCAGCCUGGAGAGUGAGACCCUGAGCCUCCCCAACCCCGACCUCCACCCCCAGCCCCGGCCUCUCCCCAGGAGGGUGUCAGGCUACACCGCCCCCCAGGUGGACUUCUGCGGCCCCCGGCUCAGCCACCCUCCCCCGGCCCCCGCCCAGGCCCCUCCCCAGCCCCUGGACCUCCCAGGUAUCCUGUACAGUCUCUCCAGAGAGGGCCCCUCCCUGGACAGCGACUUCUCCCAGGACAGCAUGGACGAUUCCAGCGACUGGACCUCCUCGCUCAUGAGCCGCUGUCGCAACCGGCAGCCCUUGGUCCUGGGCGACAACGUGUUUGCAGACCUGGUGGGGAACUGGCUGGACCUGCCCGAACUGGAGAGGGAGGAGGAGGACCGGGAGGAGGGAGGGGAGGCGGGUGGGCGGGGCUCCGACAGGCCCAACUCCCCUGCCCACCCUCUCCGUCUGAGCCGCUCGCAGGAGAUCUGCAGGAAAUUCUCCCUCACCACCAACAUCUUUAAGAAGUUCCUGCGGGGCGUGCGUCCAGACCGGGACAAGCUGCUGAAGGAGCGGCCGGGCUGGGCGGCAGCCCCGGAGACGGGGCCCCAGGGCGGCCUCUCCAAGAGGCCCAGGAAGGCCCCGGCCUCCAAGGCCCGAGGCAGCUUCUACCUGCCCUUCUGGGCGGCGGGGGCCCCUCAGGGGAAGGGUCGGCCGGGGGCGCCUGCCCUGGAGGAGCCGGGGAACCCCAGGCCCCUGUUCUCUGGGAUCCUCAUAGACAGGAGGCUGGCGGAGGGCAGAGUGGAGAGAACACAGCCCUUGUUUGACUAUAACACGGCAGUGUGGGUCUGACAGGCCUCCUCAUCCUCUCCAUCCUCCUCCUUCUCUCCUCCUCCUCCUCCCCCUUCUCCACGAACACUGCCAGCCUGGAGACAGGUGCUGCAGAUGUGAACAGAGCUCAGUGUGUGUGUGUGUGUGUGUGUGUGUGUCAGACUAUGAACUGCAAGAUGAACGGAGCAGACAGACUUUUCCCAGCACGGGGGAGGAAGGGGGGUGGGGAUUAUCAGGGCGACUAUUUGUUCGACAAUUCUGAAGACCUGUCUGUGAGAGAGAGAGAGAGAGAGAGAGAGAGAGAGAGAGAGAGAGAGGGAGAGAGAGGGAGAGAGAGAGAGAGGGAGAGAGAGGGAGAGAGAGAGAGGGAGGGAGAGACAGAGAUAUUGCUUUCUCUCGACAUCACGUGCUCUGGACUACACAACAGACGGUACUUCCAUACGGACUAACGCACAACCACAGAUUCUCCUCCGACUGAGGUGCCAUAAAUUUGCUCAUUUGAAGACGUUAUGGGAUUAUUGUAGACAUUUGUUUCUAUGUUUCUGGAGUGUAUUCUGCACUGUCGUACAGACCACAGUGAGGGUUCUUACUCUAGUGAUAAACAGAGCUGGUCAACUGCAUGGACACAAACCCUUUCUACUACUACCUUCACAAAAACAGUUGUCACUGAACUGACACAAAUAAUACAGUCACUAUAUGCCGUUUAAUCAGCCACAUUAUUUCACAUAUACAAGGAUUUACUGUUGAUGUCCGGGGUUUAGCUUGCGGGCUAAUGCAUCUUAGGACGUGCGUGCGAUCCUGAGGUCAGUACAGGCUGGUAAUGUCAUGUCAUCACCUUGCUCAGGAAAUGCCCAGUUCUUGAUCACCAUCACAGAUAAAAACUGCAAGGAGACUAAAUAAAAAAAGAUAAACACACUGUAUUUUAUGUAUUUUAUGUCAUCUAAUGCGGUUUAAUUAAUCUUUACUCUUAUCUUUUCGAGGGCGAUGUGUGUUUUUUUGUGGGUGGGUGAGGACAGUGAAGGGGCAGCGGUACCGCGAAGAAUUUUGGGCCCCGUGAAGGCCAUUUCAACCCUGGGUAGUUAGUCCUACUCCCCCCCCCCCACACACACACACUUUACUGCCCCUGCAAAGGGGUAAACCCACCCCAUGGAGACUGUGUGGUGGUGUUUAAGACAAAGCACCGCUAACCUGCGUAAUCAGGUCACGCCGACGGGUAUAUGAUGGCCCUCAGGAUCCACAGGUUCAGAACUGAGAAGAAAACUGAGGUUUACACUUGAGAUACGAUGAUGUCAGCCAAGUUGAGCAGCAAUAACAGAAGCAAAAACCAACAUCUUCAAUGAAUCAGGAGCUAACAGAUGUCUUUUAAUUUUUUAUGAAUGGAUUUAAUGAAACCAUAAUAAAUACAUUUAGAAAAAGAAUAAAACUUGCUUUCUAGCCAUAACAGUUAAAUUGAGUAUCUUUCAUUGUAAUCUGUUGUCAGACUAAUCGGGGGCCGAUGGGAUUAUGGAAAUGUUCUUCCUGGUGUUUGAGGGACGGUUACUUCAUUAAAACGAGCCAGAGAAGGUCAAAGGUCAACUCAGUGGAUCUGAGUCUGAGUCUCUGGUCUGAAAAACAAGAGUUUGACAAAAAGGAACAUGUGAAAAAUGACAGGCUGGUCCUGAACCUGUCUAAUGAUUCUAACAGGCUCCUGCAACAUGCUACUCCCUGAGGGAGAAUCAAGUAUAUAACCUGGUCUGACAAAUACAGCAUCACUUCACUAUUUCUGUACUUCUGAGGUAAAAUAAAUAAAUAAUAAAUACAAAUAAAAAAAACAUGUUGUACAGAUGUUACAAAACGUACCAAAUAAAAAAAUUAAAUAAAAACCUUGUUACGCAAGGACAAUCUUCUGCUCUCUCUAACCAGAGAUACGUAUCAGGAAGUUGAGUUAACGUGAGACAACAAGUCGGUUGAUCCAUGCAGGAAGCAGGAGAGCUGGCUGGCUUCACCCUCCAGCCUGCCUGGCCAUCUGGUGCUGCAUAUUCAGGUCACAUCAGGUCCAGGGAGGGGAGACGGCCUGUCACACACACCCUGACAGGACUUUGGAGAUUUGAGUUUAUUUUUUACUUUGUUUUGUUUGUGUUUCUGUCAAUCUUAAGUGGAAUUCUUGCAGGUUUUGUUGUUUUGUUGGUUCUGCGAACCACUGUGGUUUUGAGUUUGUCUACGUGCACCGUAAAUCUGUGACAGAUUCUGUACGUUAAUAAUAAUAAAAAAAUAUCA